AUGAUGCAGAGCUCAGCACUGGCGGCCGAAGGCUCUGUCAAGGGGCUUCCAGAGAUUCUCGGUGUGCCAAUGCAACAGAUUCCCCAGUGUGCUGGCUGCAACCAGCACAUCCUGGAUAAAUUCAUCCUGAAAGUCCUAGACAGGCACUGGCACAGCUCCUGCCUCAAGUGUGCGGACUGCCAAAUGCAGCUGGCAGACAGGUGCUUCUCCAGAGCUGGCAGCGUCUACUGCAAGGAAGACUUCUUCAAGCGUUUUGGUACCAAAUGCACGGCCUGCCAGCAGGGAAUUCCUCCAACCCAGGUGGUACGGAAAGCCCAGGACUUUGUCUAUCAUCUGCAUUGCUUUGCCUGUAUCAUCUGCAACCGUCAACUGGCCACGGGUGAUGAAUUCUACCUCAUGGAAGAUGGGCGCCUGGUCUGCAAAGAGGACUACGAGACAGCGAAACAGAAUGAUGAUUCAGAAGCUGGAGCUAAGCGGCCACGAACCACCAUCACAGCCAAACAGUUGGAAACGUUAAAAAAUGCCUAUAAGAACUCCCCCAAACCUGCCAGGCACGUACGGGAGCAGUUGUCCUCAGAAACAGGUCUGGACAUGAGGGUGGUGCAGGUUUGGUUUCAAAAUAGGAGAGCCAAAGAGAAACGUCUGAAGAAGGAUGCCGGGAGGCACCGUUGGGGACAGUUCUACAAGACAGUGAAGAGGAACCGCAGUGGCAGCAAACAUGAGAAGGAGAGCUCCGCGGAGGACUGUGGGGUUAGCGACAGCGAGCUGAGCUUCCGAGAAGAUCAGAUCCUCUCAGAGCUUGGCCACACCAAUAGAAUUUACGGCAAUGUUGGGGAUGUUGCUAGUGGACAGUUAAUGAAUGGAAGCUUCUCCAUGGAUGGGACAGGACAAUCUUAUCAGGACUUGAGGGAUGGAAGUCCCUAUGGAAUUCCUCAGUCUCCGUCCUCUAUAUCAUCCCUUCCUUCCCAUACUCCCUUGCUUAAUGGUCUGGAUUACACAAUGGACAAUAAUUUAGGAAUUAUAGCACAUGGAGGGCAGGGGGUGAGCCAGACGCUAAGGGCAAUGGCUGGGGGACCAACCUCUGAUAUUUCUACAGGAAGCAGUGUAGGCUACCCAGACUUUCCAACGAGCCCUGCCUCUUGGCUGGAUGACAUGGAUCAUCCUCCUUUUUAAGCACCUCCCACUUCUCCA